ACUUACUACUGGCUGUGAAACGUACAUAGUCUCCCGUACCGCCAUUAGGCAGACCUAAUAGAAGGAAGAAAGCUGUUCCUUCUGUAGUGUUACAAACAUGGAUGUACUCGACGAGGAGGUUGAAUCAAUCUUAUAUAUUGCAAGAGAAAUAUCAGUCUACAAGAUCCCCCAUCUGAAGGUCAACGAGGGACAUCGUGCUAACGACUGGGGAGAUCUUGCACAACCGUUAUGGAAAGGCAGACUGCGCAUCGUCGAGAAGUCGAGUGGUGCGGCGCUGAUGUUUGAAGAUGCUCAGACGGGGGAAUUAUUUGCCCGCGCACCUUAUGACGCUCUUAAACCAUGCGUGGAAUCUGUCCUUGAUUCAUCCCGAUAUUUUGUAAUCAGGGUAGAGGAUACUGGCAAGAAGGCUUAUAUUGGGAUGGGAUUCGCUGAACGAACAGAUAGCUUUGAUUUCAACGUUGCAUUGCAAGAUUACACUAAGCGUUUCAAAGUUGCUUUGAACCCUCCUAGCCCCGAUGAUGAAACUCCUUCUCAUGUUCCUGUAGGUCCAAAGAAGGACUACUCUUUGAAGGAAGGCCAAACGUUUUCCAUAUCUAUUCCGGGAAAAGCUAGUAAAUUAUCAACACCCGGGACCAGUUUGCUAGGUUCCUCCACCCAAAGUACUGGUAACUCAGGGGGAGGGGUACCGCUAUUACCUCCCCCACCUUCGUCGGGAAGGAAGAAAUGAUCAUGUUAUUUAAAUACCGAAGUAUUUUGGCAUUUUUUUUGUAUCCUCUGUUUUCCAUGAAGACUCAAUUCAACAAGAUACCAAAAUCA